AUAAAUAUAUUGAGCCACAAGAUUCGAUCGUGUCAGCGCAAAAAUGGUGAACACAGCACAAAACGAAAGUGAGAUCCAACAGUCAUCUGUUGAACUUGCACACAAACGACAAAAAGCUGCAGAACAUUUCUUCAGGAUGUCUAUUGUUUUGAUAGGAAUUUCAGCAGGUAGCAUCGUCUUUGGAAUUGUCUCUUUAGACCGAUUUUUUAGUUUCUCAGUGGCCAAAGGCGCUCUUAUAUGGUCGGGAGCAGUGCUCUUGCUCAGUGGUAUAUCUUGUUAUUUUGUCUCUAAGAUGGAUAUUAAUAAUAGAAAUCUACCAUCUUCAAGCUUUAUCAAGAGAGUAACUAUUUACAGAGUGAUAAACGGACUGAGCUUAGGAACAAAUGUUAUAGCUACAGGAAUCUGUUGUGUCCCCAUCUUCUGGAUCAUACUGAUUUGUACCGGCGAUGAGGAUUGCACGUGUGGUGUUGUGGGAAACCUGAAGUGGGAGAUUGUAGCAUUUAUACUCUCUAUCAUUAUGUGUAUCUCUAACAUUGUUGGUUUUGUUUUAUCGUGUAUAAUUGUUAAAGCAUUGGAAUCUGAUGGAGAAGGAAAUCCAACCGAGAGGGAAAAUAACACUUUAAAAAUUGUAAUUCCGCCUCAACAGAACAUUAAUAGACCUCGUGAUUUAGAUCCAUCCCAACAGAUCACACUGUGGUUUCAUUAAUAUUUGUGCGUAUCAAUUUUCGUGGAUUAAAAAAAAAUUGCAGUUUCGAGGAUACA